UUUUCUCUCUUCCGUAAUCUUCUUUCGUUCUUUCUUUAUCCAAUUCCCAUCCAAACAAAACCCCUCACCAAAAACCUUCACUCUUCACUGUUUCUCCUCAUAUUUUCCGCGAACUUCAUUAAAAUUUAGCCGAACCUAACAAGUUACAACAAGCCAUCAUUUGUUCAAAUGUUAUCUGGUUUUAGUUCAAAUGCUCUUAACUCCUUCAAUCUUUACUUACUUCAUUGAAAUCAAAUUCAUCAUCACUACAGAUGGAUAGUCUUACCAGUUGCUGUACCAAUCGUUUCUUUCUUCCUUAUAAUAGAAAAACCACACCCAGAAAAUUGAAUUUUCUUGUUUAUGCUUCUUCAUCAAAAAAUGAUGAUAAAAAACCUAAACUUGAUCAUUGGGACCAAAUGGAACUUAAAUUUGGUCGUAUGAUUGGUGAAGACCCUAAGUUAACCCUAGCUAAGGUAAUAGGUAAAAAAUCAAACCCAGAAAUUUCAUAUCUUGAGAUUGAGAAAUCAUUUAGUAGAAAGAAAAAAGUUGAUGAUGAAAUUGUUCAAGUUGUUAAUCUUCCAUUUGAUAAGAAAUCAAAUUCUUCUGUGAGUAAUUUGAAUUUAGUACGUCCUGUUCCUAAGAAAGGUGUCAAAUUUGAACAACAUAUUGUUAGUGAUAAUAAGGUGAAUCCAUUACUUGAAAGAAGAAGAAAGAAAGUAGUAGAAAAUUUUAUGACUGAAACUAGUAGUAGUAGUAGUGUUAGUGAUAUUCCUCCUCCUAAUGUGAUGUUGCGGAAGCCUACUACCUCUCAAGAAGAUACUUUUGAUAAUGUGAAAGGUUUGAGAAUGAAAAUUAAACCAAAUCUGGUUUUGGAAAUGAGGAAGGAUGACAAUGACAAUGCUAAAGAGGAUAAUUUUAGUGAAUUGUUAAGAAAGCCUGAAGCAGCUGUGGUCAACACUACCGACCAUGAUAAUGAGCAUGAGAAAAAGAAUUCUGCUGAUUUAACAGGAUUAAGCUCUGGUGGGUUUGAAAAUGCUGAUGAUUUCAACAAUUUAAGAAAGCCCGAAGCAGCUGUGUUCAAUACUACCGAUGAUGAUAAUGAACACGAGAAAAAGAAUUCUGCUGAUUUCAACAGUUUAAGAAAGCCCAAAGCGGCUGUGGUCAGUACUACCGAUGAUGAUAAUGAACAUGCGAAAAAGAAUUCUGCUGAUUUAACAAGAUUAAGUUCUGGUGGUUUUGAAAAUUCUGAUGAUUUCAACAGUUUAAGCAGUGUGGAUUACAACAGUAUACUUCAGAAACCUAACCAUGCACCGUUUGCAAAGCCACUCGAGAGAAGUGAUGUGGUGCUUAGUGUAAUGGAUGAUGUUACUGCAGUGAAGCAACCUUCCGAUACAAAUUCAAGUAACUCUGCCAUUGAAUCCACUGUAGAAGCUGCAUUGCAGGGAAAACCUCAAAGGUUAAAUCCUUCUGCAAAACAAAGUUCAGUAAGUUUGAAGGAGGAGACGAACCGCGUGAGUGACAAUAUCUUUAGCGUGAGCGUAGACAUUGGGGAUUUCAUAGCUGCGGCACCCGUGAAGGACCAAGAGGAUGCUGACUGGACAAGGGCAGGAAAUCUGCUAAAGACAGAAGAAAGGGAAGAAGUGGAGUUGAUCAGCUGCAGCACCAGAGGGUUUGUUGCAUCUUUUGGCUCUUUGGUAGGAUUCUUACCCUACAGGAAUUUAGGCUCCAAAUGGAAAUUCUUAACUUUUGAAUCGUGGCUGAGAAAGAAAGGGUUAGACCUGUCCAUGUACAAACAAAACGCAAGCAUCAUUGGAGGUUACGAAGCUCAGACCAAGAGUUUGCCUCUGGAUACAAAUCCAAGUCCGGCAACUGUUGGGAAAUUUGGUGGGGAAUUGUCACAGGACAUGAGGGUGGAAGAUCUACUUGAGAUAUAUGACCAAGAGAAGAUCAAAUUUUUAUCAUCCUUUAUUGGUCAGAGAACAAAGGUGAAUGUGUUAAUGGCCGAUAGGAACUCCAGAAAGCUGAUGUUCUCUAUUAGACCGAAGGAAAGGGAAGAAUCUGUUGAGAAGAAGAGAAAUCUAAUGGCUAAGCUUAGCGUUGGAGAUGUUGUGAAAUGUUGUAUCAAGAAAAUCACUUACUUCGGUAUAUUUGUUGAGGUUGAAGGCGUGCCAGCUCUGAUUCACCAGUCAGAAGUUUCAUGGGAUGCUACAGUAAAUCCUUCAGCAUUUUUUAAACUUGGUCAGAUUAUCGAUGCAAAAGUUCUCCAACUGGAUUAUGCACUCGAACGCAUCUCAUUGUCAUUGAAAGAAAUAGCGCCAGAUCCGCUGAUCGAGGCAUUGGAGUUUGUAGUAGGUGACCGAAAUUCUUUGGAUGGAAAUAAUGAAGCAGUACAAGCGGAUGAUGAGUGGCCUGAGGUUGAAUCAAUUAUUGGGGAACUGCAGCAGAUUGCAGGAGUUCAAUCGGUUUCUAAAGGCCGUUUUUUCCUUAGCCCUGGUUUAGCUCCAACAUUUCAGGUGUAUAUGGCGUCCAUGUUCGAAAACCAAUAUAAGUUACUUGCUCGUUCCGGAAACAAAGUACAAGAGGUUAUGGUACAAGCCUCUUUGGAUAAAGAACAGAUGAAAGCUGUAAUCCUAACAUGUACAAAUAAGGUUGAAUAGAAACAAUUUUACUGUUUUUUUGAAACUAUAUCGCUUAGACCCCCUAUUUAUAAAAAACUUCGUAGCUUAGAACCUAGCUAGCGAUUCGGUGUAUGGAAACCAUGAGUAUUGUUCGGUUGCAUAAAUCUCAGAAACUGUCAGUACAUUUUGAAAUAUGAAUUUCAGCAAUAUAUGUGAUUCAAUUUAUGUGGAAUUUGUGGACUUCGAUGGUGGCUGGAUGUCAGUCGAUUGUAAGUUUAUCUACAUCAUUCUGUUAAUAAAUGUAAGAAAGUUCCUGAUUUA